AUGGCACAACAGGAACGGCUGCUGCUGAGCGUGCUGCCUAGCCACGUCGCCAAGGAGAUGAUGAACGACAUCGCCGGGAUCCCCAAAGACACGAUGUUCCAUAAGAUCUACAUCAAGCAGCACGACAACGUCAGCAUCUUGUUCGCGGACAUCUGCGGGUUCACGACGCUGAGCGACCAGUGCACGGCGGAAGAGCUGGUGCGGCUGCUCAACGAACUCUUCGCCAGAUUCGACCGCCUCGCUACCGAACAUCACUGCCUGCGCAUCAAGCUGCUGGGCGACUGCUACUACUGCGUCUCCGGCCUGCCAGAGCCUAGGCCUGAUCACGCGCAUUGUUGUGUCGAGAUGGGAGUCGAUAUGAUCGAAGCCAUAGCGCUGGUGCGCGAGGUCACGGGCGUCAACGUGAACAUGCGCGUUGGUAUCCACACGGGCCGCGUGCACUCCGGUGUGCUGGGGCUACGUAAGUGGCAGUUCGACGUCUGGAGCAACGACGUCACGCUAGCCAACCAGAUGGAGUCUGGUGGCCUACCAGGCCGCAUCCACAUCACGAGCGAGACGCUGAAGAGUCUGGGGGAAGACUACCGCGUGGAGGCGGGCCACGGCGGCGACAGGAACGCUUACCUCAAGACCCACAACAUCGAGACCUUCCUGAUCGUGCCAUCCGACGAGUACCGUGAUCACCACGCGCAGAAGGCGUCCCAGUACAGCAUGAACGGCAGCGCUGGCAGGGAGCCUCAGCAUCACGACCCGCCCAAGAGCAACGCAAACAUCCAUAACAAGCUGGGCAUUCACGACGCCCCUGCGGCGAAGAGCACCAGCGAGGAGGUCAACGAGUACCUCGCGCAGGCCAUCGAGUCGCGCUCGACGCAUCGGCAUCGCUCCGAGUACUGCCGCCCCCUGUUGCUCUCCUUCACCCAGCGCCAGAUCGAGGAGAAGUACUGUAGGGAGCGGGACGACAUGUUGCCCGCGUACUUCACCUUCGCUUGGAUCGCCCUCGCCACGGUCUUCCUGGCGCAGGCCAUCGUCGUGCCGGGGGGGGUGCGUGAGUCAUCAGGCAUCAUGGCGGGCGGUUUACUGCUGCUGAGCCUGUGCGUGACUCUCGUUAUGGCUGAUGACGUGAAGAAGUCACCGCGCUGGCUGCGCAGGGCGAGCGUCGACGUGACGAGCAACAGGACGCUGGGCCAGAUCCUCGCAGCAUUUGUGGUGCUGCUGCUCUUCCUCUGUACCGUCGCGCCGCUGUUUCUGUUCGACUUGAGCGUUUACAGCGAGUGUCAGUUUGAGCAACUCGCGCUCAACUCGAGCAACGCCUCCGAGUUAUACGUGUUCGACGACUCGACGAGCGCACCAAGCCUGACAAGACUUGACCGAGACGUUGGUGACAUGAACGCUUCGCUCGUCGAACGCGACGCCCUGGUUUCUUCUGGAUACAAUUUUACGCACUACUUCACGUACAGCGUGAUGUUGGUGAUGGUGACAUGUGCUGUUUUUCGCACUCUUGUGCCAGUGCUGAAGCUCCUGCUGCUCUUCACUAUCUGUGGCACAUACUUCACCAUGCUGCUAGUGACGCAUUUGCCACUCUUUUGCGGACACGAUUUUAUCAGUGAUGCCGUGCUGCCGUGGGUCACGGUCGCGGUGCUCCUGAGCUUCACGGCGACGCUCUUCAUGCACGCACGACAGACCGAGACGGCGUCCAGACUCGACUUCAUCUGGAAGCUCCAGGCCCACGGCGAGAAGGAGGAGGUUGAGCAUCUGCAAGCCUUCAACAGGAAGCUCAUAGCGAACAUCCUGCCUGAGCACGUAGCCGAACACUUCCUUAACCUUGAUAAGGCUCCUGAUGAGCUGUACCACGAGCAGUGCGAGAGCGUGUGCAUUAUGUUCGCCUCCAUUCCGAACUUCUCGGAGUUCUACGUGGAGUUGGAAGCCAACAACGAAGGAGUCGAGUGUUUACGGCUGCUCAACGAGAUCAUCGCUGACUUCGAUGAGAUGCUUGGCGAAGAGCAGUUCAAAUGCGUCGAGAAAAUCAAGUCUACCGGCGCUACUUAUAUGGCAGCUUCGGGUCUGACGAAGACGACGUGUGAUCUGAAGGACUUCUCCCACGUCACGGCCAUGGCACACUUCGCCCUGCGGUUGCGGGUGCAGCUCGAGUAUGUCAACGAGCAUUCCUUCAAUAACUUCAAGAUUAGGAUAGGCAUUAACAUCGGGCCUGUAGUGGCGGGGGUGAUCGGCGCGCGCAAACCUCAGUACGACAUCUGGGGCAACGCUGUCAACGUCGCGUCUAGGAUGGAUACCACCAGUGACACCGAUAAAAUUCAGGUAACGCAAGAAGUUUACCAGAUUUUGGAGGCCCGUGGCUGGCCGCUGACGUGUCGAGGCGCCGUCAACGUGAAGGGCAAAGGAGAGAUGGUCACUUACUUCCUGACGGGACCGCCUGAGGGCUACGAAGGUGAUGGCACCGCUCGUGGCAACGGUCUUCCUCCGUAGCUUCGAGAUGUCAAUAGUAAUUUACAAUUGAGUUUUUUGAACUUAUGAGUUUUUGACGUAAAAUCAUAUUUUAUUUUGUGGUGUACGAUCAUAUGAGAUUAAAUAAGUCAUUCGUGUUGCUCUUAAGCGAAUUGAAGACCAAAGUUUGUGCGUUUUAUAGUUUUUAAUGAAAAGAAGUAAUUUAAUGACGAACAUUCAAGGAUAUUGUGAAUGAUAAACCAUUAGACAAACAUCUGAUAAAUAUUUUCCAAAGUCGUUUGUGCUACGUAACACACGCACCAUGGACUGAUAAUAACUAAACUUUUAUUCAGUGUAAAAAUUCAUGACCUUAUUUAGCUAGCCUUCUUCAUAGUAUGAAAUAAAUUGAUUACGGGACAGAUUAUCAAUUGGUCGUUCAAAAAACAAAUACAACAAUCAAAAAUAUAAGGCCAUUCACUGAGAAAGAGAGAACAUUUUAUCUACGCUCUGAAAAUUCGUAUCGCAUUCACAAAACUUUCAUAUUUGUUACUUAAGUAUGAGUUAAUGAAUCGUGAGAUAGAAGUUAAUUGCUGAGAAAGAGUUUUGAAAACGAAAAGAAUUCAUUGGAAUGUUUUCUCGGAAAUUAUUCAUAUCCAUAUAGCAGAAUAUCUCGUCCCUGUCAAAUAGCAUUCCUCCGAACGUUGCAGUCUAAUCAUAGUCUGCGAGUCCUGUUAACAUGACCGCCUGCGCAUGCAACAUGAGCGAUCACCAUCUCGCGGCUCCUGCAGGGUAUUGAUAAACAAAUCUUUAGGGACAGCCAUUUGAUUACUGCUGUCAUUUUAUAAUUUAAUUACUGCCGUCAUUUAAUAACUUAAU